AGUUAUGCAGAAAGUGUGUGCAUUUAGUUCAGUGUCCUACAUGUGCACUACAGUCGUGACCUUGCUGUGCCACCAGUCUGCAAUUUAUAACAUUCUGUGCAAUGCUGAAGUUUGCUUCUGAUCAGAGUCAAGGAGAAAGUGAAGGGAAACAAAUAUUUAGUGACUGAUUCUCUUUUUCACCAUUUACACUUAUGAACAGGUGUUAAGACAUUGUAGGAGAAGUCUCAACACUGUUUAAACCCCACUUCCAGAUUGGGGAAAUCUUUAUUUUGCUUAUGAAAAAAAAGGGCGAUUUCACUGACAUUUCCCCAUCCAGAGGUCCAGAUCCAUGGUUUUUGAUCUGGACCUCAUCUAAUGUGGUCUGGAUAGGGGAAAAGCUGUGAAAUCUCCCAUUCAGUUUUCACAAACAGAAUUAACGUUUCACAAAUCUGAUAUCGUGUUUUAAUGAGUCUCUGGAGUCUCCUUGUUAAUCUAGUCCAGAUCUGACAGGUUUAAGUAUAGGGAGUUUUGAUCUGCACCUGAUCUAAUGUGAUCUGGAUUAAGAAAUAUCAGUGAAAUCACCCUUUUUCACUCUUUUGAUAAAACAAAAUUAAUUAAAGGUUUCAAAAAUCAGAAAGUGGGUUUUAAGAGCGUUAAUACUUCAAUGUCAACACUUUUUCACAAGUGUAAGGGGUGUUAAACGGAGAAUCUGCCUCUAAAUAUCAUUUCAAGCAGUCACACAGCUGCGUAUCUCAAUGUCAAAUGAUUGUUGUCGGCCAACGCUAAACUAUGAUUCAGCUUUUUUAACAACUGAAAUGAUCGAGCGACGCCCUCAAACACAAAACAAUGAACGUACUUGUGUAAAAUAUCAGUAGACUUUCACCAGUUUAAACUCUAAACAAGCCACUUCCCCGACUAAAUAUAACAUUAGUGUGGACAGACUGGCAGAUGAACGAAAUGUAUUUCGUGCCAACGACAGCUAAACGACCUAGUGAAUCAUGGUACACUGCUCUUGCAAGGUGUGUCGCCUUAAGGGAAGUCAUGGUCCCUUCACUGCACUGGCUCCUGCUACUGUGGGGACUUCAGGGUCUUUGGGCACAGGACUAUGAAGACUCUGAAGAGGUGGUGACUACCAGGAAGAAGAACAAAGUAUAUCCAUCCAACUCCAUACCACAAAAUGGCAAAUCGCUCAUUGAUGAAGACUGCAGCUUGGAGUUAGCCUUUCUGAUCGACAGCUCAGAGAGCGCCAAAGACAACCAUGCCCAGGAGAAGCGCUUUGCCUCAGACGUGAUGGACCGGCUGCAGGGCCUCCGGCUGCAGAACAACCGGGGCCUCAGUUCCCGCGCAGCACUCCUUCAGUACAGCAGCCAUGUCAUCAUAGAGCAAACCUUCAAAGAGUGGAGGGGCCCAGACAACUUCAAGGCCAGAAUCGCUCCCAUUACGUACAUCGGCCACGGCACCUACACCACUUAUGCCAUCACUAACCUCACCCGCAUCUACCUGGAAGAGUCUGAUCCCAGCAGCAUCAAGGUGGCCAUUCUACUCUUUGACGGCAUCUCGCACCCCAGAAAUCCAGACAUAUUCUCAGCUGUGGCUGAUGCCAAGAACCAGGGGGUCCGCUUCUUCACCAUAGGCAUCACACCUGAAGCCAAUGAGCCUGCCAAUAUAGCUCAGCUACGGCUUAUUGCUAACUCGCCAGCUUCACGCUAUCUUCACAACCUGCAGGACAAAGGCAUUGUGGAUAAAGUCAUCAGGGAGAUUACAACACUGGCGGAUGAAGGGUGUCCCCUGGCCCUGAGCAAGUGUGCGUGUGACAAGGGUGAGAGGGGACCCAUGGGCCCUCCUGGCAAGAAGGGGCGUCCUGGAGAGGAUGGAAGCCCCGGCCCAAAGGGAACUAAGGGUGAGAGUGGGCUCAGUGGACUUCCUGGUCGGGAGGGAUCAGAGGGAAAACCAGGAUACAAAGGAGAGAAGGGAGAGAGGGGGGAGUGUGGCACACCUGGAAUUAAAGGAGACAGAGGUCCUGAAGGUACUGUUGGCCCGCAAGGAAAUCGUGGACUUCAGGGUUUGCCUGGUCCAAUCGGUGAUGUUGGACCUGAAGGUGUGAUGGGUAGAAAAGGGGAACGGGGACUUCCUGGGCCACCUGGAAUCCAAGGGGAAACGGGAAUCGGUCUUCCGGGACCCAAGGGUGAUGUUGGUUUCCAGGGGCAACCAGGGCCUCCGGGUCCUCUAGGAGUUGGCGAGCCCGGACCACCGGGGCCUCAAGGGCAACAGGGAGUCCAAGGAGAGAGAGGACCGAUAGGAGAAGGUCUCCCUGGACCAAAGGGUGAGCGAGGCUUGGAGGGGCCACGGGGGCCCAGAGGACAGCUAGGCCUUGGAAUCAAAGGAGACAAGGGGGAUUUCGGCCCUCCAGGUCUUCCAGGGCCCCUUGGCCUCUCAGGUGUGGGCAUACAGGGUGAGAAGGGCGUGGAAGGACCAAGGGGUCCACCAGGGAGCAGAGGCCCACCAGGAGAAGGCCUACCUGGGCCCAAGGGAGACCAGGGGUUGCCGGGCGAGGUUGGCGCCCCAGGAGAGAGAGGCGCUGGAGAGCCUGGAGCUAAGGGUGAGCCGGGAUCAACAGGAUUGUCUGGUUUGCCUGGCCUGCCAGGAGAGGACGGAGCCCCAGGACAGAAGGGUGAGCCAGGAGCUGUAGGUUUCAGGGGGCCAGAGGGGGCACCUGGUGUUGGCACCCAGGGUGAAAAGGGCGACCAAGGCCAAAGAGGAAUAAGAGGCUUGACUGGUCCACCUGGCAUUGCUGGACCCUCAGGACCAAAGGGAGAACCAGGGGCACCGGGCAGAUUGGGCUUACCUGGUCCACCAGGCCGCUUUGCUGUCGGACCCAAGGGUGAUCUUGGUCCAAGUGGUCCUCCUGGUCCGAUUGGGGAGACUGGCUACGGACUUCCAGGUCCAAAGGGUGACCGUGGAGAUUCAGGCCCUGCAGGUCCACUCGGUCCCAAAGGAGAUGGCUAUCCCGGCCCUAUGGGCCCUCCAGGUCUGCCUGGACUUCCAGGAGAACCCGGGCCAGAAGGAGUGGGCAUCCCUGGACCAAAGGGGGAUAUUGGUUUCCGAGGGUUACCUGGUUUACCGGGACCUCCGGGCGAAGGCCUCCAAGGACCUCCGGGUAACCCCGGGCGACCAGGCCCACUGGGGCCAACAGGGCCUCCAGGACAUGGAGUUCAAGGGCCGAAGGGUGAACAGGGGGCCCAGGGUGUGACAGGGCCAAGGGGGCAACCAGGAGAAGGCUUCCCUGGAGCUAAAGGUGACCGUGGCUCAGCAGGAGAGAGGGGGCUGAAGGGAAUCAAAGGAGAUUUGGGAGACCCUGGAACUGCGGGCCAACCUGGUCGACCUGGUGUCAAAGGUGAAGCAGGCCUCACUAGAGAGGACAUCAUUCGAAUGAUCAAAGAGAUCUGUGGAUGUGGGAUCAAAUGUAAGGAGAGGCCUAUGGAGCUGGUGUUUGUCAUUGACAGCUCAGAGAGUGUGGGCCCAGAGAACUUUGAGAUUAUCAAGGACUUCGUAAAUGCAUUAGUGGACCGGGUCACAGUGGGCCGCAACGCUACCAGGAUUGGCCUUGUGCUGUACAGCCUGGAGGUGAAGCUGGUGUUCAACCUGGCCCGCUACGUAAGCAAACAAGACAUCAAGCAGGCCAUUAGGAACAUCCCGUACAUGGGAGAGGGCACCCACACAGGUACAGCCAUCCGCAAAGCUACCCAGGAGGCCUUCUACAGUUCCCGUGUGGGGGUCAGCAAAGUGGCCAUCGUUAUUACUGACGGGCAGACGGACAAACGAGAGCCAGUGAAGCUGGAUCUAGCUGUACGAGAAGCUCACGCUGCCAAUAUUGAGAUGUUUGCUCUGGGGAUUGUGAACACUUCAGACCCGACACAGGCUGAGUUCCUCAGAGAGCUGAAUCUGAUUGCCUCUGACCCAGACUCAGAGCACAUGUUCCUCAUUGAUGACUUCAACACCCUGCCAGCUCUGGAAUCCAAGUUGGUCAGCCAGUUCUGUGAGGACGAGAAUGGAGCCUUGAUUUAUAACAGAAUAACUAACGGCUAUGGAAACAAUGGCUACGGCGUCCACAGCAACAGGAAUGGCUUCAAUGGGAACAAUGCCAUCGGUGGCCAUGGGUACCGGCCUACAACUGAGCAGGAUGGCCGUCAGACUGGUAUCAACACUGGCGCCAGCACUCACAGCCAUGGAGGCCGGGUACAGACCACCCAGCAUGGCAGCACAGGACAUGGAGGAGGAGGGCAACGAGUUUACACGGAUAUCCAGACAGAGACAAAUAGGGGAACUGAGCGUGGGGACACAUUUAAUCGCAACGAGCCAGACUUCCCUCCUUCCAGAGAAGGCUCAUCUUCUUCUUCAUCCACAAAUAUAACCACAUCUUCUUCAAGUGUAUCUGUAAAGUAUGAACCUGCACCACGGCCAGCUCUUCCCAAAGAGACUGUGCCCUUGGACCCUCGCUGUGGCUUGGUUCUGGAUCAGGGCACAUGUCGGGACUAUAACAUCCGCUGGUACUACGACAAACAGGCCAAUGCCUGCGCUCAGUUCUGGUACGGAGGAUGUAAUGGCAACCAGAACCGAUUUGACACAGAAGCAGAGUGCAAGAGGACAUGUGUGAUCACCACUGGAGGCUGAGUGAAGGCAUCUGCCAUACAUCUGCUGUAGAUAUUUUAAGGAGGGGCAGCUAAUACCGGCAACUUUCCACAGGGUUAUGUCAAGUUCUUGCAUAAUUCUCAGGCAUAUACACUGAUGUCAGGAUUUGCUUUGGAUAGAAACCAUUUAAUUUCAAUUCCCGUCUUUGUGUCCCCUCCUGUAGCACUUCUCGUAACGUUAUGCUCCUCUUAUUGCAGUGAAAGAGAACUUAGCCUUGAUAGAUACCUCCAUUGUUUUUUUUAAUAUCAUUUAACGCAGGAGAUACUCCAUCGCUCCUUCUCAGGAAUACAGAUGAGCACUCCCACAGUGUGUUUCCAGUUCCUCUGGGACACCCACACACGGGACAUGAUCAUUUUUUUCAUACAUAGUCUGUGAGUGCUUCAAAGAUUGUAAAAAAAAAUCGACUGUUUGCUCAACAUGAACAGUAAUAACUGUAGCUAUUAAUUCUUUGCACACACAGUCACUGUAGGGUAUGUUGGUUGCAUAAUCACAAGAGCCAAUAACAGGCAGCAGAAAUUAAGCCUCUCAUCACUUAUAUCAAUAAAAUAUAGUUUGUUCUUUUUUAUAUAUAUAAUAUGACUGAUGCUCUGUAACUUCACAGAAUUAUUUUGUGCAUUUGAAUGUGUUUUUUAGAUGUUCUGAAUGAAAAUGUGAUGUUUUGAGUUUACAUUGUUUCACCUCAUUCUCACAACUUAACUGUCUACAUUUUGUUAAGCAGUAAUCUUACUACACUGAUGGACAGACACACAUAUACACACACUGCCCUCUACUGGGUAACACAUGACGAUGUCACUGAAGUUGGUGUUUCAGUACUAGAUCCUGUAUGAGCAGAGUUUUACUUCCUUUGUUGAGCAAAUGUUAUGUUAUUAUGUUAUCCAGCUGUACUGACUGUAUACUUCUAUACUGUACUGUUUAUUACAUGAUCAACAUUUGAUGUCAUUUUUUAAUAAAUCUGAUUUAAA